AUGAUUGAGUACUUAGGUGUCAUCGUCUAUUUUAUGGUAGCGACUGUUUUGGGUGUUGUGAUGUUUUGGGCAGCAACUCAAUGCUCUUCUCAACGUUUGGACCUGGAAAAACUGACGGCUUACGAGUGCGGUUAUGACGCUUUUGGAGAAGCGCGUUCUCCUUUUGAUGUGGGUUUUUACUUGGUUGCUAUCCUAUUUCUUGUUUUUGACCUGGAAGUAGCCUUUUUAAUUCCUUGGGCUCUCGGAGGAGUGCUUUCUGGUUGGGCUGGUCUUGCCGCUCUGCUCUUAUUCUUAGCUGUUCUUGUGGUUGGCUUCGUGUAUGAAUGGGGGAAAGGCGCUUUGGACUGGAAUUCACCAGAAACAUUGUAA